CAGAACACCAUGGCGGCCACCGGGUCUGCAGGGCUACCGGCAACGGUGUCAGGAAAGCAAGAAUUUUACCAGCUUCUUCAGAACCUGAUCAAUCCCAGCUGUAUGGUGCGGAGACAAGCGGAGGAAAUCUAUGAGAAUAUCCCAGGUCUGUGCAAGACUACAUUCCUCUUAGAUGUCGUCCGAAAUAGAAGAGCAGGUUAUGAGGUGAGACAAAUGGCUGCCGCACUGCUCCGACGGCUUUUGUCUUCUGGGUUUGAGGAAGUCUAUCCCAAUCUGCCUCCUGAGGUCCAGAGGGAUGUCAAGAUUGAACUGAUCCUGGCUGUCAAAUUAGAAACACAUGCUAGCAUGAGGAAAAAGCUGUGUGAUAUUUAUGCGGUGCUCGCCAGGAAUUUGAUAGAUGAGGAUGGAACUAACCACUGGCCUGAAGGCCUGAAGUUCCUUAUCGAUGCUGUCUAUUCUAAAAAUGUGGUUCUGUGGGAAGUGGCGCUUCACGUUUUCUGGCACUUUCCUGGGAUUUUUGGCAAUCAAGAGCGGCACGAUUUGGAUAUCAUCAAGCGCUUAUUGGACCAGUGUAUUCAAGAUCAAGACCAUCCAGCAAUCAGGACCUUAUCAGCUAGAGCUGCAGCUGCUUUUAUACUUGCUAAUGAGAAUAACAUUGCGCUUUUCAAAGAUUUUGCGGACUUGCUUCCUGGAAUCUUGCAGGCUGUGGAUGACUCUUGCUACCAGGAUGACGAUUCGGUGUUAGAAUCCCUUGUUGAGAUUGCCGAUACUGUACCUAAAUAUUUGGGUCCUCAUUUAGAAGAUACUCUGCAACUCAGUCUAAGGUUAUGCGGCGAUGCCAGGCUCAGUAAUCUGCAACGCCAACUGGCUCUUGAAGUAAUAGUGACUUUGUCUGAAACUGCCACCCCAAUGUUGAAAAAACACACACAUAUUAUUGCACAGGCUAUUCCUCAUAUAUUAGCAAUGAUGGUUGAUCUGCAAGAUGAUGAGGACUGGGUAAAUGCUGAUGAGUUGGAAGAGGAUGAUUUUGACAGCAAUGCAAUUGCUGCUGAGAGUGCUUUGGACAGACUAGCUUGUGGGCUUGGUGGGAAACUUAUUUUACCAAUUACUAAAGAGCAUAUCAUGCAGUUGCUUCAGAGCCAUGACUGGAGAUGCCGACAUGCUGGAUUAAUGGCCUUGUCAGCCAUUGGAGAAGGGUGUCAUCAGCAAAUGGAACCAAUUCUAGAUGAAACUGUUAACUCUGUUCUGCUUUUUCUUCAGGAUCCUCAUCCAAGGGUGAGGGCUGCAGCCUGCACUACCCUUGGACAGAUGGCCACAGAUUUUUCACCUAACUUCCAAAAGAAGUUUCAUGAAACAGUGAUUGCAGCUCUGUUGCAUACUAUGGAAAAUCAAGGUAAUCAGCGCGUGCAAUCACAUGCUGCUUCUGCGCUUAUUAUUUUUAUUGAAGACUGCCCCAAAUCAUUACUAAUUUUAUAUUUGGAUGGCAUGGUGAAAAAUGUACAUUCCCUCUUGGUGAUUAAGCUUCAAGAGUUAAUUCGGAAUGGAUCUAAAUUGACCUUGGAACAGCUUGUGACAACCAUUGCCUCAAUUGCAGAUAAUACAGCAGAAAAAUUUGUUCCAUAUUAUGAUAUGUUUAUGCCCUCGUUGAAACAUAUUGCUGAGCUUGCCGUUGAGAAAGAACUCAAGCUUCUGAAAGGAAAAACUAUUGAAUGCAUUAGUCAUGUUGGACUUGCUGUUGGAAAGGAAAAAUUUAUGCAAGAUGCAUCAAAUGUGAUGCAGCUUUUGUUGAACACUCAAUCAGACUUAAAUAAUAUGGAAGAGGAUGACCCACAGACCUCUUACAUAGUUUCUGCAUGGGCUAGAAUGUGUAAAAUUCUUGGAAAUGAUUUUCAGCAAUACCUUCCUCUGGUUAUUGAGCCCCUUAUUAAGACUGCUUCAGCUAAACCUGAUGUUGCUCUUUUAGAUACACAAGAUGUGGAGAAUAUGAAUGAUGAUGAUGGCUGGCAAUUUGUAAAUCUUGGAGACCAGCAAAGUUUUGGAAUUAAAACUUCAGGACUUGAAGCAAAAGCAACUGCUUGUCAGAUGUUGGUUUAUUAUGCUAAGGAGUUAAAGGAAGGAUUUGUGGACUAUACAGAACAAGUUGUGAAGCUAAUGGUUCCUUUACUCAAAUUUUAUUUCCAUGACAAUAUUCGAGUGGCAGCAGCAGAGUCCCUGCCUUUUCUCCUGGAAUGUGCAAAAAUUCGUGGACCAGAGUAUCUUGCACAGAUAUGGCAAUUUGUAUGUGAUCCCUUAAUCAAGGCUAUUGGAACUGAACCUGAUACAGAUGUUCUUUCAGAAAUAAUGAGUUCUUUUGCCAAAUCUAUUGAAGUAAUGGGAGAUGGAUGCCUCAGUGAUGAACACUUGGAAGAACUGGGAGUAAUAUUGAAGGCAAAACUUGAAGGGCACUUUAAAAACCAAGAAUUGAGACAAGUUAAAAGACAGGAAGAAAACUAUGACCAACAGGUUGAGAUGUCUCUACAAGAUGAGGAUGAAUGUGAUGUAUAUAUUCUGACCAAAGUAUCAGAUAUUUUGCACUCAUUAUUUAGUACUUAUAAAGAAAAAAUUUUACCAUGGUUUGAACAGUUGCUUCCACUAAUUGUUAAUCUAAUUUGUUCUAGUAGACCAUGGCCAGACAGACAGUGGGGAUUGUGCAUAUUUGAUGAUAUCAUAGAGCACUGCAGUCCAACCUCAUUUAAGUAUGUAGAAUAUUUUCGGUGGCCAAUGCUGCUAAAUACGCGAGAUAACAACCCUGAAGUCAGACAAGCUGCUGCAUAUGGCCUAGGUGUUAUGGCACAGUUUGGUGGAGAUGAUUAUCGUUCUUUAUGUUCAGAAGCUAUUCCACUGCUGGUCAAAGUUAUUAAGUGUGCAAAUUCUAAAACAAAAAAAAAUGUCAUUGCUAUAGAGAACUGUAUCUCAGCAGUAGGGAAGAUCUUGAGAUUUAAGCCUAACUGUGUAAAUGUAGAUGAAGUUCUUCCACACUGGUUAUCAUGGCUUCCACUUCAUGAGGAUAAAGAAGAAGCUAUUCAAACUUUGAGUUUUCUUUGUGACUUAAUUGAAAGUAACCAUCCAGUUGUACUUGGUCCAAAUAAUUCUAAUCUUCCCAAAAUAAUUUGUAUAAUUGCAGAAGGAAAAAUCAAUGAGACUAUUAACUAUGAAGAUCCUUGUGCCAAGCGCCUAGCCAAUGUUGUGCGUGAGGUACAGACUUCUGAAGAAUUAUGGUUGGAGUGUAUAUCACAACUCACUGAUGAGCAGCAGGAAGCCUUACAGGAGUUGUUAAAUUUUGCUUGAGGCACUUUACUCUCACUUGAAUAUCAUCUAGUAUGAAAGUAACUCAGUGUUUUAAAGGAUUCUCUUACAACCAAGAGAAUUCUUUUCUCACUGCUAUUCAUACUAAACAAUUCGCAUUACUUCCACAUGUUUCUCCAGUAUUAGUCAGUGUUACAGCCUUUUGUUCAUCUUGCAUGUUUGCUCUCUAAAACACAUGUUAAUGAUGUCUUGGAAUGUUUAUCACCUUUCCCCUAGUAGAUGUGAAGUAUAUAUAUUGUUGCUAUUUGUCUAAAUUUCUGAUGAAAUGUCAAGAUGCCAUGUUGUCUAUCACAAGAUGCUAGGAGUUCAUAGAACUGAAGAACUUUCACGGCAAACAUCUUUGGAAUUGUGGGUAAAAAACAUAAUAGGCUUAUUCCUCUUUGAUAAUCCUAGUUUUCAUAAAUACUGCAAUUAUGAGAGAGGUUUGAGAUAGUGCAGUGGAUUUAGGGAGUUUAUCAUACCCUAGAUAACUAUUUCAUAAUGUUCUUCUGAGAACUGGGUGUGAUAGUCCCCAAAGGUGUUCUGCUGAGAAUUAAUGAAUGAGAACUUUAAUAUAAUCUUAACUCUGUUCUUAAAGUUAUCCAGGAUUCUGUGAACCAUCGUUACUGAAAAGGGUGUCCUGAUAUGUAGGCAGCACAUAACAUACCCAAACAGUGUUUGAUAAGUAGUAAAUAAUUAAAUUCAUGGGAGUCAUUCAGUGUUCAAGUGUUAGUGCAGAAUAUUGUAUUGUGUGUCUGUAUGCUGUUUACCCUUGCAAAGAAGUUCAGAAGAAAGUGAAACCCUAAUAGAAAAUGAAGUUUAAAUAAAUUUCUAUUUUGAGGUUCUUAGUAGAUUAUAUUGUAGCACCAAAAAAGUAUUGUGAAAUGAGAGGGAAGCAAAAUUGUAUCUUUAAAUAUGAAAAGGAACAAAUAUGAGCCCUGUCUUUUAGUCUUUUAGCAGUUGAUGAGCAUUAUAGGAAAACAGUUCUAUAAAUCUGAAUUACACUAAUUAGGAUGUCAGUCUUUAAUAUUAAGCCUUUUUUUUAAGGGUAGAAAACUUUCUACUCAGCAAAUUAGCGAUCUAAAAUGUAAGAAUAAAUACAUUUGUCAUGAUUUCUGGGGCUUUAUGAAUAUUAUGUAUGGAAAGUAGAAAAUAUUUAAAAUAAGAAUAAAUGGUAGCUGAUUGUUGUUUGUA